AGCUUUAAAAAUAGAAUAAUGGAACAGCAUUCAAAAACGUGAAAAUGUUGAACGGGACAGACCGAGGGCUAUCGUCUUUGCAGUCGUCGCCAGUGAAAGUGUCCACUUCGCCCGUUAGAGCGUCGCCUAGUCCAGUGAGGGCGCCCUCAUCGCCUUUAAAAUCUUCUUUAGCGAGUGGUAGGAAUCGUUCGCCUCGCCGAUGCCAGUUCGCGGCGCCUGCGGAGGAUGCUAGGGAUAAGUGUGGGACGUCGUGGUUGUGUAGGAGGGGGGCGGGGAUUGGGGAGGAGAGUGACCCGGAGCGGUCGCCGGGGCCGAGCGCCCCGCUGCCGCAAGGAUGUGAGGAGUCAGCGCCGCCGCCGAAGAACUGCUUCAGACUGGUUAUGUUGGGGUCAGCAAGAGUCGGCAAGACGUCCCUGGUCUCCCGUUUCCUGGGCAACAAGUUUGAGGACAGCUACACACCCACGAUCGAGGAUUUCCAUCGGAAGCUGUACAGGAUCCGUGGGGAAGUCUACCAGCUGGACCUUCUGGACACUUCUGGAAACCACCCGUUCCCUGCCAUGAGGAGACUUUCAUUUCUCACUGGCGAUCUUUUCGUGCUAGUGUUCUCAAUGGACAGCCGGGAGUCCUUCGAGGAGGUGAUCCGGCUUCGGGAGCAGAUCCUGGAAACCAAGGCCAGUGCCACAAGCGGGGCCAGCCGGGGACGGAGACAGAUACCCAGGGUUCCCAUGGCCAUUGCAGGGAACAAGUGUGAUAGGGAUCUGAAAACUGUCCAGCCAGAAGAGGCAUCAGCGUACUGCAGCACCCAAGAUACGGCAUGCGUCUUCGUUGAGACCUCCGCCAAGAAGAAUUACCACGUCGACGAUCUUUUCUACGAACUCUUCGUGGUAGCCAAUCUCCCCUUAGAAAUGGCCCCGAAUCACCACAAACGAGUCUCCACAGCCUUCGGAAGCCCAUGCACCUUACCCCCCACUAGUAGUCAAAGUAGUAGGAGUAAGAAAUGUACUUUAUCUAUAAAGAGGAGGUUGUCGGACGCGUGUGGCGUUGUGGCACCAAAUGUAAGAAGGCCUAGCAUCAGAACUGACCUGAUGAUUAUGAGAACGAAGACUUGUGCCAAAGGAGACGGCGACAGCGCCAGUGGGAGCCCCAAGCUCAAUCUAAAUAGACUGGUAAGAACUACGGGACAGACGGACAAAAGGUCGUGCGCGAUCCAGUGA